CACAGAUCUGACCAUUCGCACGAUGCAGGCCCUGCAGAUUGGCACUGUGGCUUGUGCUUCCAUCAGCCUUCUGCUGCUCCUCAUUGCCCUGGGCUCAGACUACUGGGUGGGCAAUGCCUUGAGCAACACUGGACUCUGGAAACUUUGCUUGUAUGAUGGGUCAUUUUCUACUUGUCAUUCAUAUGGGAUGAAUGUGGAAGCACAAAAUGGCUGCUAUGGGCAUUUAACCCCCUUCUUCCUUUCUCUUCCUUCCUUCCUGAAAGAUUUCCUCCAUGCUACCCGAGCCUUCAUGUUCCUCGGGAUGAUCGCUGGAGCCGUCUCUUGCAUUGGUCUUUGUGGCACCUUUAUCGGCUUGCAACUUGGCUCCAUCUCCAAGGCCAAGGCCUCAGCCAUAGCCAGCUUUGUUGCAGCUCUUUGCGUCCUGAUUGCCAUGGCCACCUUCACAGGGCGUUUGGGAACAGAGGUCAGUUAUGGAUGGUCUUUUGGCUUAGGCUGGGCCUCCUUUCCUCUCUUCCUUAUAACUGGUGAGUAUGUGUAA